UGUCGUCGUGGUUGUCGUUGUUGUCGUCGUCGUCGUCCUCGUCUCCGUCUGUGUUCCACUCCGUCCCACUACCGCGCGCCGUCAUCGGCGGAACGGUCGUCGUCUCAUUCGCUCGUGACGAGUCGCUUCGGCAACUUCUCCCCUCUCCACGGCGCGCCGUCGCCGUCGUCGACGCUUCUCUCAGUCGCUCUCGCCGGGGGCCACCGCACCGAAGGCGUUUGUGCGACGAGCCAGGGCCAGCUCUGCUACGCAAGAUGGCUGUGUGUCGCUGACGAGAGGCCGACAUAGCGAACGCGGGGGUACGAACCGUGGACAAGCGGAACAUGCGGCUACAUGAUCGUCGGGCCCGUCCCUGAAGAGAGAGACACUGGCCAAGAAGUGAGAGGGAAUGUGUGACAUGUUCAUCCAAACACAGCAGACGAGUAGCGUCAACGGCAGCAGCAGCAGCAGCAGCAGCAGCAGCAGCAGUAACAACACCGUUCACCACCACAGCAAGAAGCGCAAGUUGGAGUACAACGUGAGCCAGCCGGUGAUCCAGCACGCAUUGGUCCAAUCGACCGGCGACUACCAAUUGGACAAUACCGGUCUGCAGCAACGGUACUCCGUGAACGGUGCUAAUACCGCAUUUAGCACGCUGCACAACAAUAAUGCGCUGCAGAAGAAUAGCCCGAACCAGCAGACCCUGGUACGAGCCUCGACGAUCAAGCUCUUAGACACGUACCAACGUUGUGGCCAGAAGAGAAAAACUUGGUCGAGGGAGGCUAAUGGUGACGGUCUGGCAGUCCAUUCGGCCAACGCGACGAAUGCGGUGGGUAGUACUGUAGUGUCGCAGCACCAUACCCAACAGCAACAGCAGCUGCAGCAACAACAGCAGCAGCAACAGCAACAGCACAAGCAGGCGGGCAUGACGACGCACAGCAAGCAAGUGGCCAACGCGGCCAAUGCGGGCGGUGGCAGCAAUCCUCAGGGCGAUGGGGAUUAUCAUUUAGUGCAGCACGAAGUUCUCUACUCUAUGACCAAUCAAUACGAGGUCCUUGAGUUUCUCGGCAGAGGUACUUUCGGACAGGUCGUAAAAUGUUGGAAAAAGGGUACGAACGAGAUAGUGGCUAUCAAAAUUCUAAAGAACCAUCCGUCGUAUGCGCGCCAAGGUCAGAUUGAGGUCUCCAUCCUGUCUCGACUUAGUCAGGAAAAUGCGGACGAGUUCAAUUUUGUGCGCGCUUUCGAGUGUUUCCAGCACAAGUCUCACACCUGCUUGGUAUUCGAAAUGUUGGAGCAAAACCUCUACGACUUUCUGAAGCAGAACAAAUUUUCACCCCUACCUCUCAAGUACAUCAGGCCGAUACUUCAGCAAGUACUCACCGCGUUACUAAAAUUGAAGCAAUUAGGAUUGAUACACGCUGAUUUGAAACCAGAGAACAUCAUGUUGGUGGAUCCAAUGCGCCAGCCGUACCGCGUGAAAGUCAUCGAUUUCGGAUCAGCCUCGCACGUGUCCAAAGCCGUCUGCAAUACUUAUCUGCAAUCGCGAUACUACCGCGCGCCCGAAAUCAUACUUGGGCUUCCGUAUUGCGAAGCGAUAGAUAUGUGGUCGCUGGGGUGUGUGGUUGCAGAAUUAUUUCUUGGAUGGCCUCUGUACCCGGGCAGCUCUGAAUACGACCAGAUUCGAUAUAUAAGUCAAACGCAGGGCCUACCAACAGAGCACAUGCUGAACAACGCCAGUAAAACAACCAAAUUCUUUUACCGAGACAUGGACAGUACAUAUCCAUUUUGGCGCUUGAAGACACCGGAAGAGCACGAAGCGGAGACUGGUAUCAAAUCGAAGGAAGCGAGGAAAUAUAUUUUUAAUUGCCUUGACGAUAUCGGCCAAGUUAACGUACCGACUGAUUUAGACGGUGGUCAGCUUUUACCGGAAAAGGCGGACAGGAGAGAAUUUAUUGACCUCUUGAAGAGGAUGCUCACAAUGGACCAGGUAGAGCGCCGUAUAACACCCGGCGAGGCUCUGAACCAUGCGUUUGUUACUUUGGCACACCUAGUCGAUUACGCGCACUGUAACAACGUCAAAGCUUCCGUCCAGAUGAUGGAGGUUUGCAGGCGCGCGGGAGAUUUCACCGCGAGCCCGGCGCAUCAUCAGGCACCGCCAGCGCCUCAGCCACCUCCACCAACGUCUUUGGUAGCCAAUUUUGUACCGACUACAAACGGCAGCGCGGUGACUCUCACCUUCAACAAUCAAUUGACCAAUCAGGUGCAGCGAUUAGUUAGGGAGCACCGCACCGCGCAGACGGGCUAUGACAACUUGUACCAAAUAUAUAGUAACAGCAGUCGCCGGGCAACACAGUAUAGCGGUUCAUCCAGUGGAUCGAACAGUGGACGAAGCGGCGUGCACGAUUUUCCACAUCAACUGGUGCCCGGCAUACUAUGUCCGCCUCCUGGCUACCAGACGAUGCCGAGUCCUGCUAAGCAUGUGGUUGUCGCUCAACCACCACAGGCGCAGCAAGCUCCUCUGCAGAUUCAACCGUCGAUCAUAUCGCAGCAAGCCGUAGCAGCGGCGGCCGCGGCUGCUCAGCAACAGUAUGCUGCGGUUCCGGUAUCUAUGGUUGAAACUGGUCGGCAGAUGUUGCUCACCAAUGCGGUGCAAACAUCUUGGCCUGGCGGAAGUCGUCAGAUGGCUGCGAUUGUACCAUCGUGGCAGCAAUUACCGCCGCAGCACGCAGCCAUUCAACAACCGCUGCUCAGCGACGCUGGAGACUGGGGGAGGCCACUUAUCGUUGAUAGCUCUGCCAUAUUACAGGAUCAGCGGCCAGUGUUUCCCGUCACAGAAGUGUACAAUGCUAGUGCGCUCGUUGAACAUCCCUCGCAAAGCUGGGGCAAGCGUACUGUCACGAAACAUCAUCAGCAUCAUGUUACAGUACCCUCCGUACAGCAACCACAACACAGGCACGAUCAUAAGAAGGACACGCAACAAUUAAGCCCUGUAAAGAAACGGGUUAAAGAGAGCACACCGCCGAGUAGUAUGAGAAGGCACUCGCCGACAUCGAGCAGUCAUUGGCAGGAGCAGCCGGUGCAGUCGCAUCAUCACAGUAGCAAUCACAAGCACGGCCAUAACAGCAGCAGUCAUAACGUGGAGCAUCAACAGGUCACCACUGUUCGGCAGCAGACUAUCACGAUUCACGACACACCUUCGCCGGCCGUUUCUGUCAUCACGAUUAGUGACAGUGAAGAUGAGACUCCAGGAAAAUGCUGCGGAGACCGUCAGUGCAGCGCCUGUCAAAGUUUGGCAACUCGCUUAUCGGGCGACGGACGCCCUGUCCGUGAAGAAGUCAUACGAAGCACACAAUCAACUCCGCGCGUUGUGCAGACGACGAUGCAGCAGACACAUACGAGCAAUCAGCAGCAUACGAACGGACAUGUCGCGACGCACAACAGCUCGUCGCACCGGGCGCAGCGCAAGAACGUCAUCAGCUGCGUGACCGUCGGUGAUAGCGACGGCGAGGCUAGCCCUAGCCGCACGCACGCCCAUCUGUACCAACAUCUGCCGCAGCAUCCGCAGCAUCAGCAGACCACGCAGUUGAUCAAGCACGAGCCUCAGCAGCAACACCACGUUAGCAGCAGCAGCAGCAGUUCAGGGUACUCUUCACAGUCACAAAAGAAACGGCUGUUAGCGAAGGUACAGUCCGAGUGCAAUAUGGUGAACGUUGCGACGAAACCGGAGCCCGGUGUCGAGUAUUUAGCUCCGCAUCCGUGUCACGCGCCAGCCUGCAAAGAGCCACCGACCUAUCAGGAUGACGUCUAUGACAUGCAUGACUACUUCUUGCAGUAUGUGACCACGAGUAGUGCGCACCCCCACCUUCAAGAACAGCAUAUCGUGUACACGACUGGCACGGACAAGCGAGUGUCUUGGCCCGGCAAGCGGGCGGAAUACAAGCACGAGUAUGUUCAACCACCGGCCGCUCACUCGAGAGACCAUCAGAAGUGGGUCGUAGCCAAUCCGGUGCAUCAGUACAGGCAGAGCCAGGUAGUGGGUACGGCGGCCCAUCCGAGCCAUACCCACAGCCAUCACGGACAUCCGGCUCACCUGAGUCCUGGUGGCGGUGGCGGAGGCAGAAGUCCUGCAAGCGGGGCAGUGAUAGGGAGUACCCAGCACCUGGGGCAACCCCUCUACCAGGAGUACGCUCAUGUACGCUCAAGGCCCCAUGCGGUGCCACCGCCUGUGUACGUUACCGCUGCACCGUCGCAGGCCGCCACUGCUAUCCAGCAGCAACAAGUGCCCACCUAUCAGGGAUUUACACCCGGGUGGGUACCUAGACAUCUAAAUGACACAUGCAUCUCGUCUCCAUUAACGUUGUAUGAUUCUAGUCGAGCGUUGCCACCGCCAGCUCAUCACAGCUCGGCCAGACCGUUACUGGCGAGUCACGCAGCACAUCCGUUGCCUGCGCAUAUGCAGCCUACAGCCGUUUACGGAUUGACCCCGCUUUCGCCAGCCAAGCACCAAUACCAACCUUCCGGUUUGUGGUUCACCGAGUAAAUUAUUUCCGUUGAGCCGAAUAAAUGAGAAUCGUACGAGCGAGUCGAAAUGCGAACGAACGACCGCACGAUUUCUUUCUGGGAACUUACGAGCCGCUCGUGCCAAUCCAUUAAACGCAUAAACAAUCCGAUUUAACGGAGAACGCAGAGAGAGAGAGAGAGAGAGAGAGAGAGAGAGAGAGAGAGAGAGAGAGAGAGAGAGAGAGAGAGAGGGAGAGAGAGAGAAAUGGAGGGAAAGCGAGAAACGAAAAAACACGUUCCGUCAUAUUCCACAUUUUUUCCGUCUUACUGUCGUGUUCGAUCAGUAAGCGAAGAACGUAGCGACGAGGAUGCGCCUCCGAGUCGCUAUUCAUGUGGAUACUGUUAUGUGGGCGCUGGUUCACCCGGAGCCGCCAGCGCGACACUGCGUGCACCCCCACGGGGAUUUACGACUGAGCGGAACGAUCGCGAGCGUGUUUGCCGAAUGAAAUCGCGAGAGAGCAAGGGCGCGUUUAAAGACAACCAUGGAAAAAAAUACUUUGACAAUCCGUCCUAAGCAUUCCCUUCCGAUCGCCCUCGCGGAGAGCAAAGCGCGACGAGACCACAGUCGGUGUUGUAACUGAAAUCUCUUUGUAUAUGUUUGUUACGUUUCUUACACGCCCGACGCGAUAUUCCACCGUCUCAUUGCGACAAUCUCAACGAGGAAAUCAAACGAGCGAGAGAGCGAGAGAGAGAGAGAGAGAGAGAGAGAGAGAGGAAGAGGAAGAGAGAGAACAUGCUGUAAAAUCCCCAUCCUAACGCGCGAGCGGUUACGUGAAAAAGGGAAAAAAAUGAAAAUCAGGAACAAUACCGAUCGAUCGUGAAAUCUCGUCCCUUUCGGCUCUCGUUUCUUUUGAUUCUCCUUUUUUUUUUUUUUUUUGUAAUCGAAAGCGACGUAACGACUCUUUCUCGGGACGCAUGCGGCAAUUUGUAUAUUUCGUAAGUUUCCAGAGAUAAUAAGACGGAGAGACGCGCGACGUUUCCGACGUUUUAUUACUGAACGAGGGGAGUUUCUAAGGAGACGACAGGUGUACAGACCAAAAUUUUCUAUUCGAGUUGCCCGAUCCGUUGAAUUGCGCCUACACGCAUGGUUCCUCUUUAUUGUACAUGUAUAUAUACUCACACACACACAUACACAAAACACACACACACACACACACACACAUAUAUACGGGACUAGGCGGGCGGCUUGAAUGGAUCGGGUGUGUGCAUUGAUAUAGGACGAUAGAGAUGUGUUGCGCAUAGUGGCAUUGCCGAUUCGCGUGUGUGUGAAAACCGCUAACGAAUUCGCCAAUUCGUUUCGUGUGCGCGAAUGAGUUUUGCAUUUCUUUCGCGACGACGUCGCGUCGCGGGACACGCCGCGGAUGUGUAUCUGUGUAUCUUGUUUUUAACGCUCGUUAACAAAACCGUAGUAGCGUACUAGAGUUCUCGGAUCGCCGGAACCGCGGCGAUUCGUUUUUGCGUGCCGGUGGGACUUUUCUCGUUGUAUUAAGGAUUUUGCUACCAGCAGUUGUAUAACGCUUUAGUCUUUUACGGUAUUUUAUUUAUAUGAUGUAACGGGCACUCGCAAGACUAACUACGGGGGGUAGCCGCGUUGUUCUAAAUAGUUUGCAGAGAGUUACUCGAGUGUAUAUGUUAACACGGCCAAACACCACACACUGUACGUAGCAACAAACAUACUCACACACACACACACACACACACACACACACACACACACACUUGACAGACACACUCUUAACUAUAUCACGUAUUUGGAACUUAGGCGAGUUCUCCGUGUUAGAAUUAUUCAAGUUGUCGUAAACUUAGUCGUACGAGGAGCACUUGUGUCGGGAAUUAACACACGAGGGAUUUAUAAUCGAGUUACGAGCAUCUUAUAAGAUAAUCACACGACAUCCGAAUUGACGAAAGCUUCGAUGUGCCUUUUUUGGGACAGUCUUGCUAUUUAUUACUUUCUCAUAUUAUUGUAUAAUUAUCAUUUCGAUUCGUCCUCGAGUCACCGUGAUCGUCAUCGUUUUAUCAUCGCCAUCGCGUUGCACUCAUCACCGUCUCCAUCGUCAUUAUCAUCAUUGCUACUAAUCAUCGUUUCGUUUGUAUUAAUAUUCGGUUUCGUUCUGAAUUGUACAGAUAACCACCGUGUUGCGGGCGACCUGCCUUAAGUUUGUUGCCCGAGGCGCGAAAUUGUGACAGCAAUCCCCUCGAAGGAUUUGUGAAUUGUACAUAAAUUUAACGGCCUUUCAUUAAUAUUACUUUCUCAUGCACUAAUAUUUCGUAUUUUACGGCGGAAGUGAUAUUAAAGGGAAGUAAGAGAAGGAGAAAGAGGGAAGGAAAGGUUUGGGAGGGGGGGGGAGGGGAAUGUAUGCAUCGCAGUACAUUGCACAAAUCAGUAAGGUGGAAAAGACAAAUUGAUGCGUUUAGAGAUGUCUUUUCGCGAGAUGUGCGGAUUAGAAUCGAGAAAGAGAGGGGGGACAGGGGAGAGAGAGAUCAUUUUUUGGAACAUGAUGGAAGCUAUGGGAGAAGUAUAUGCCAAACAGCAAUAAAAUAUCGUAAUGGAUCUUAUUCUAAAGAAUUUCUCAUCUUGCUACAUUACAGCAGAAUCAUGUAUUGCGCAUAUUUCUUUUCGCGUGCGAGGUGCAGACUUCUUUCUUACAUAUAUAUAUACAUAUACAUACACGAUAAGAACGUUUCACACACAGAGAGGGGGAGAGAGAGAGAGAGAGAGAGAGAGAGAGAGAGAGAGAGAGAGAGAGAGAGAGAGAGAGAGAGAGAGAGAGAGAGAGAAUCCUAUUUGUAGAUAUAGACUUGAUGAGGAGGCGCGCGUGUUCUCACAAUGUUUCGUUCUUCUCGUUCUCGGAUCAUGUUCUUCCUCGUCGCAUUUUCUACGUUAGCAUACGCAAAAAAAGCCGGAAGGAGCCAGCAUCUCUCGCAUCUCACCCACACGAUUUUCAUUCUGCGAACUUUCCGAUUCACCGUUCUCUCCCUAAAAGUAUAUCGGUAUCGUAGACUAUACACCGCGGGAUGCGGUUCUUCUUCGAAUCACUUCAGGUGUUCUCAUGUACGCAAUCGCUGACACGUAUAUUUCGUGAUGCUGUAUCGUGUAACAUUUAGGCGUUGUUUUUUGCUAACUUUAUUAACGAAUAUAUAGAGAAUCGUAACGGUAAGAUAUCCAGGCGUAUAUAUGGGAUUACUUGCAGUAUGUUGUCUAGAGCGAUUCGCGUCUAGAGUUGAGUUCGACAUAUUUUACACGUAGAACGAAACAGUGGGAAACGGAAAGCAAGAGCGAGAGCGAG